GGCAUGAUUUCACUUUUCGGCAAACUGGGCCUACAGUUUAUAUUAAGCUGAGCGCUUUCCUUUUUUACGCCAACCGACUGUUUCAGUGUUGCUAUCUAUCUGCUGAAUAACGAUGGGGAUAGAGGAAGAAGCGGACAGGACGCUCUUCAUCAGAAACUUGGACUCGAGGGUGACGGAGGAGCUUUUGUUCGAGCUGUUUUUACAGGCUGGACCUCUCGUCAAAACUAAAAUCCCCAAAGACCAGGAUGGGAAACAGAAAACGUUUGGUUUUGCCGUUUACAGGCACGAAGUGUCUGUGCCGUACGCCAUGCAGCUCCUCAACGGAGCAACGUUGUUCGGAAAAAAUAUCCAUGUGCAGUUCAGAUCAGGUAGCAGUCAUAGCAACAGUACAGGAAAUUCUCAGAACUCAAGUCCUGUAAAUACUCCAAAUCCCCAUGGUCAGAGGACCCCAAUCCCUUUCAGUUCUCCUCCGUAUACCCCUCCACCCCAAAUGAGGUCCUUUUCGUCUUCCGAUAACCUGCAGAAACAUGCCAUGAUGAACAACAUGAUGUGGCAGCUCCACAUGCAGCAGCUCGACCAGUUGAAUGGCAGCAUCUCUAAGCCUCCGCAGGGCCAGGGGCCGGCAGGUGGAAAUUCUGGUAGCUCAAGGGCACACGACAACGCCCCCUAUCGGCAACAUCAUUCCAACACAAACAGCGGGGGCAGAAACCAGCGCUACACGGACGAAUUGGGCUCCGGUCGUAACCAGCAACACAGUCACGGUCGGGACAACUAUCACCACCAAGGCGACAGGAGUGGCAAACGUCACCACGACAACCGAGGCGGACACAGACAUCAUGAAGACAGAGGCAACAACCGUGGCUACCAGGAGAGUAGAUGGCGGCGGUACUGACCGCCGCUAGGAUUUCCUGCAAAGACUUUAAUUCUCCACUAAUGUGUGCACAGCUUCCUGUCGUAGAGUAUGAAAAAUGUUGAUAAAUUCACAUAUAUGCUCAGGAUGUUUGUAUACGAUCAUACCAGUUGGGAGAUUUAAUAACUUAAGCCUUUAUAGUAAUUUUUUGUUUAUUUUUAAGGUGUUUUUAAAUUUGUUAACAGGAGUUUUCGCCUCAUGGAUGUCCUUUUAAGCAUUCAGAGGCGAAGACCUGUGUUACCUCAAGAACGAGGAGAAAAAAAGGAUCUGAUUUUGACAAAUUGGAAGACAAAUGACAUGUCUAAAAAAAGGAAAAAAAGAAAAGAUUUAAGACAUUGAGCCUGUUUUUAUGUUAUGCAAAAUUGUCUUUAAAUGGUGCUGCCACAAUUUUAAACUCUUCAGGUAUUUUGCAAAGAAAAAAACAAUGUCGGAUAAAUAUUUCACCAGCACCACUUUUACUACAAUAGGGAGCGAUUUUUAUUAGAUCAGUUGACUGUGCCGUUUGUAAAAAAAAAAAAAAUAUUGCUUUAUCUUAUUUUUUAUUUUUUAUUAUUCCGAUUCUGUAAGACGGUGUGUUUUACUGAACAUUUUCAUUACUAUAAAGCUCCUGUCAGUGAUA